CAAACAAUCCACCAAACCGCCUUUCCUGAUCGUCAUCAUCUGCGCCAUCUCAACACAUAACCCUUACUGAAACCGCCCGGAUAAGCUCGUCAACAUGGCAUCCGGCUACGACCGCGCACUGUCCGUGUUCUCGCCCGAUGGCCACGUCUUCCAGGUCGAAUACGCCCUCGAAGCCGUCAAGCGUGGAACAUGCGCCGUAGCAGUCAAAGGCACCGCCAAAGAUGAUCAAGUCGUCGUCAUGGGAUGUGAGAAGAAGUCCGCCCUCAAGCUGCAAGAUACCCGCAUCACGCCUUCGAAGAUCUCCAUGGUCGAUACCCACGUCUGCUUAGCCUUUGCUGGUCUCAACGCCGAUGCACGAAUUCUGGUCGACAAAGCACGAUUGGAGGCGCAAUCACAUCGUCUGACAGUGGAGGAUCCGGUCACCAUCGAAUACAUCACGAAAUACGUCGCCGGUGUGCAGCAGCGAUACACGCAGUCGGGAGGUGUGCGGCCGUUUGGCAUCAGCACACUCAUUGUUGGAUUCGACCCGGGCAGCAAGGACGCCAGACUAUACCAGACAGAGCCAUCUGGAAUCUACAGUGCAUGGAAAGCAAACGCCAUCGGCCGCUCCUCAAAAACCGUCCGCGAAUUCCUCGAACGCAACCACAAAGACGACAUGACUCGCGCCGAGACCAUCGAGCUGACCAUCAAAUCACUUCUCGAAGUUGUUCAAACCGGAGCAAAGAACAUUGAGAUCGCUAUCAUGGCACCAGGCAAGACAGUAGAGAUGUUGCCUUCAGAAGAGAUCGAGAAGAUCGUCGAGAAGAUCAACAGCGAUAAGGACGCUGCGGCUGAAGCGAACGCUGGGCGGAGAGGAGGUGCCCGACAAGGUGGCGCUGCGGCUGGUGAUGCAGCCAGCAGCGCUCAGGGGCCAGAGCAAGUUCUGGCAUCGCGACCAGCAGGUGAGGGAAGCGGUGCUCCUCCGGAGUAAGCGCGUGGAAUGACGGAUAUGACAAUAGAGCAUGCACACUACAGUGGAGCGAGAGCUUGACGAUGAGUAUGUACAAUAAGUGCUUCGCUUGAGCUCCAGCAGCAGAAGCAUCCCGAAAUGCAUGAUACACCACGAGGCAUGUCAUCAAUGAGAACAAGCACGACUCUGUUACAGACCCUGAAAGCCUUUACGGAUGAUCGCCAUGCACCGAUCUAAAGCUGCCUCAUGUCACACCUCAUUGUCUUUGGCUCAGGAACUACGUUAGCAGUUGACCGCACAAGCAUCUCACAACGGAGGUUGGAACGAAGCAGGCACAGAGCGAUCAAUUACCAACUG